CUCAGAAUCGCAGUGUUGCUUUGUGACUGGAUGGGAGGGAGCCCCUCAAAUUGACUUCUGGUCCAGUGAGACACCACAAGAAGGCCAUGCAAAUUUCCCACCCCCACCCUUACUUGCGUGCCCACGCAUGUACCUUUUCAGCCAUGUGAGGGCUUUAAGGACCCCACCCCACCCCCACUCCAUCGCUCUGGGCUUCCUGUGGGAUGCCGCCCAAUUAGUAAUGAGGCCCACAGUGUGGCUGUACACUGGGGCAGCUCCCUGCCCUGAGCCCUGCUCAGCCCCCACCGUUGUAGGACGUGUCCUUGGUGUAGGAACUGCGGCGCCCCCACUCCUCUAAAGGUGCUGUUGCCCCUUUUGCUGGUUUCCAGGGGCAGGACUCAAGCGCCUCCCACUGCCACCACUGGGCGCCCUACUGCUGUGGGGGGCGCAGCAGGGGCGGCACAGCAUGGGCGGUGCAGUGAGUGCGGGGGAGGACAACGACGAGCUAAUUGACAACCUGAAGGAAGCGCAGUACAUCCGCACGGAGCGCGUGGAGCAGGCCUUCCGUGCCAUCGACCGCGCAGACUACUACCUGGAGGAGUUCAAGGACAACGCCUACAAGGACCUGGCCUGGAAGCAUGGCCACAUCCACCUAUCAGCCCCGUGCAUCUACUCGGAGGUGAUGGAGGCGCUGGACCUGCAGCCCGGCCUCUCCUUCCUCAACCUGGGCAGUGGCACUGGCUACCUCAGCUCCAUGGUCGGCCUCAUUCUUGGCCCUUUUGGCGUCAACCAUGGCGUGGAACUGCACUCGGAGGUGACCGAGUAUGCGAGGCGGAAGCUGGACCUCUUCAUCAAGACCAGCGACAGCUUUGACAAGUUUGAAUUCUGCGAACCUUCCUUUGUGACUGGCAACUGCCUGGAGCUCUCCCCAGACUGCACGCAGUAUGACCGCGUGUACUGCGGCGCCGGGGUGCAGAAGGAGCAUGAGGACUACAUGAAGAACCUGCUCAGAGUCGGUGGCAUUCUGGUCAUGCCUCUGGAAGAGAAGGUCAGGCUGACCAAGAUAACACGGACUGGUCCUUCUGCGUGGGAGACCAAGAAGAUCCUGGCAGUUUCUUUUGCUCCUCUUAUCCAGCCCUGCCACUCCGAGUCUGGGCAGUCACGCCUUGUCCAGUUACGUAAGUACAAAGGUUGAGACUGCUUCGGGAGCAACAUCAUCUCAGGAGACCUGGAAAGGGUACACAAUUGACAAGCAGCCUCUAGGAUCAGUGCCUGCCCCACCCGACCCCCACUUCUACCCCGGGUUCCUACUGGGCCCCAGCCUGAGUUGGGCUUGCAGAGGACCCCCAAAUAUCCCCCAACACACAGACACAACGGGGUGGGGUUUUUUUGUGACGAUUCCUUGGCCCCGCCCCUCUGCAGCCACUUCUCCCAGGUCACAGCCAGCAAGCCCCAUACGUUUGUUCUCCAGUUUCAACAAAGAUUCACAGGCAUUGAGAGUGCCAGUCCGUUUUAAUCAUUUCACAUGAAACGACUGUGCAUGCCCUGGUGCUCCUUCGGGAAAUCAGGAAAAUGUCAAACAAAAGAAAAGGCAAGGAGAGAGAGGUGAUGCAUUUACACCCCCGCCCCUAGGGACAGGAGUCUCGGGCCUUCACGCCCGCUCACUUCCAUUUCUCCUGGGCUGCCCGCCUG